UUUCGCUUGCCGUCCGCAGUGUUAGGUGUUAUGGUGGCGACCAUGAUGGCGCGACUGUGGCUGAGUGUCCUUCCGUUUCGGCGGGGAUUCUGCAUGGCAGCGGCGACGGCCAUUCCAUUUGACACACACUUGUUCGCAAAGAACCUCCGUUCGAAGGGAUUCACGUCGAAGGAGGCCGACGCGAUACUGACCGUGACACGAGGUGCCGUCGGCGAGAUGAACUCGGCCCGCACGACACUGUUCACACCGAAGAACGAGCACUUGGAGCUGAAGACGGACUUGACGCAGAAAGUGCUCCGCUCGACGAUGAACUUUGGUUCGCUGUCGACAUCGUGUGUCGGUCUCAUGUCGACACGGCUGCAUCUGGGUAGAAAUUGCGCACCGACACAUGCGGGAAGUGAUCGAGCGCGACUUUAGCAACCUCAAGAACGACAUUCGCAUGACGGAGAAGCUCGACUUGGACAAAGUGCGGACGGAACUGGCCAAGGUCGAGCGCGAAUUUCUCCUGCAGAAGAAGACCGACGAAGAAACGUUGAAUUCCCUGCACAUUGCCAACGAGAAGCUCGAGAAGCGCAUCCUGCAGUAUACGGUCGCGUUCUCGGGGACGUUUUGCUUGGUUCUGGCCCGCGUCGCCGCAUUCUUUUAACCAUGCUGAAUCGCAACUCGUUCCAUCCCUCGCGUUAAGGACAGCUCCAUGAAUCCCGCACG